AUGGAAGAGCACACAACCUUUCGAUUCGCUCGAUUGCUAAGCCUCCCCGACUACGAUGACACUUACGCGUGGUUGCCUUUGAACACGCAGGAGAGGCCUCGACUACGGACAUCGUCGUCAGUUUCCACACUCUCCUCCACUUUCCAGGCUACAUCAACCAAUGGAGGCAAAUACGAUGAUCCGCUCGUAUUCCAUCACAGCCUUCCUAGUCACAUAACUGACGACACCACCUGUCACAACGAUUCUUCACCUCCUACUCCAGAUCUUUCAACCCUACCAGAUCUAGAUAGCGUAACUUUUCCACUUGUUGAAAUUGAAGGAGAACGACUACUGGAGGAAUCCGUGCAGAUGCCUCAAUCCCAAGCCCCAACACAGUCUGGCAGCAUUCUUAAUCAGCUUUUAGUACCACAGCAAGGAAAAAACAGUCCAGAAGUGAAGCACUCUCAGAUGCAAUCACAAAGCCUUUACGAUCCAGAUGUUGGAGGUGGAUCCAUAAAAGGACCAACUUCGGAACGUCGUUAUAUGUCUGCGGGGGAAAUCAUUCCUCUCCCCUCGUGCCAUCCCAUAAUCGUGGAAACUUUCAUUGCUUCACCGCAGCAAAAUGGAACUAAAAAUUCGGCAGUAUCAAAGCCUUCUCUGAUUUAUCCAAGGUUCCCAGAAUUCCCUGCACUGAAUUGGAAUCACAGAGAGAAAAGUGACGUGGCGGCGGUGGUGAAGACACAGAGCAAAACUAAUUAUUAUAGUGAUGUGCAAGAAACCCACUGUUCCGCCGUGAACUCUACAGUCUCACCGUUGGACAGAUUUGUGUUGCAGGAUGCUGAAGAGGUGAUUUCAAGGCAGGAAGUACCCUUAUUGGCGCGAACUUUAGGCUCCACUAUCACGAUGGUCCGACGACCUCGUUCAAAGAGCUUACAAAAGCUUGAAAUGUUGCAGACUUCGCCAGGACAGGAAACCUACUGUCCCUCCGUGAACUCCACAGUCUCACCGUUGGACAGAUCUGUGUCGUGGGGUGCUGAAGAGGUGAUUUCAAAACAGGAAGUACCCCUGUUGGCGCGACCUCCAGACUCCACUAUAACGAUGGAUCUGGAGCCUGAAAAGCCGCGGGCUUUGUCUGAUCGAACUUUGGAGAUUCCGUCGUUGUCCAGUGGACCGAGCCCAUCAGCUUUACCUGAAACUAUCUUCCCAGUUGGUGACUCGACUGUCCUUACAACAGAUGAUGUUGGAUCGGUGAAUCCGGCGACGGGACAUCUGCAAGUAAGUGGCGAUGCCGUCUGUGGUGGCAACCGUAUCACUCCUGUGAAGAAGCAUCGUGUAGAGCAUCUGAUGGGCAUGCCAAUAGUAGUGAAGUUGUGGAGACGGACAUCAGGAGAGGUGGAAUGGCCACCUUCGUCCGCCUCUCUAUCCGUCCGACCGUCCGAUAGCCUGUCUGGAUCUAUCCAUUCAUUUCCUCUCUUCGCUCCCCCAUUUCACCCUCGUCGCACUGUAAUGCUGCGUUUUCAACAACGAUUGCGUGAACGAUUCAAAUUGAAUAAGGGCACAUCCUCCCAGCAGUCCACUUUGAGCACAGAAGUAUUGGAAUCAGACUCGAGGAAGCCUCUAGAAUCUUCGAAUAACUUGCUUCCGGAAGGCAGGAAUAGCAAGAUUGAUCUCACUGGAGCUGAAGAUGACAGGAACAAUGAGACCUACUCUCCCACCGAGCAGCUUGUGGAAUCGCAGAAACCACAAGAAUGUGUUGCUGAUGAGGCAACGAAAGUAGACAGUGAAACUGAUCAAGGUAUCGAUGCAGACGAUUACGCGCCGAAAGAAAAGGCUAGUGGAUCCCCUUCAGUCUCAUCAACCACAUCAUCUAUCCUCUCCGCCACCUCGUCCACCACCUUCCCUUCUCCCUUCUCAUCCUCCUCCUCAUCGAGUUCCUCGUCGUCUUCCAGCACUACAAUGAGCACGACGUCUUCAUGGUCGGUUUCUUCAACAACACCCCCGUUUUCUUUCACAUCACCCGCGGAGUCGCCAACAGCUAAUCCGACGGUCCAAUUGGACAAUGGCGAGAAGACUGUGACUGAGGAAUCCACUGGGUUGACAAUGGAUACAUCACCACCGACUCCACCUCCUCGAUUGCGACGAAUGGACUCAAAAAAGGCGGAAGAUGAGGUCUCGGAGACGGGUAGCAACAUCUCCGACAUGCGGACGGCCGAGACCAUCACCACCAUCACCAUCACUACCGUUGCUGCUACCCUUGUUACAAGCUAUGACUCCUCUGACAAACCACUGUUGAACCUAGAACGUCGAGACAGCUCCGUCGAGCUCUCCGAAUACGCUCCCAAAGGCAGAGCGCAAUCCAAUUCCGACUCGGAAGUUAAAAGUAGCAGUGGUGGUGGAGACGAAAAAGCGGAAGUGAAGGUAGAAGAAGACAAACCAGAAGAAGAUGAUUCAGAUACCUCUAUCUCCCUCUCGCUGUCCUUUGAUGAGGAGGAAGAGGAUGAUGAUAGCAGUAGUAGCAGCAGUAAUAGUAGCAGUGGUAGCAUCAGCAGUAGCACUAGCAGCAGUACCAGUAGUAGUAGUAGUACCAGCAGUGAAAGUGAGGAAUCCAGGCAUGUGGCAGCUGUAAAGAGUCGCAAAUCCCUUGGAGAACGAGAUCCCUUCACUGAUAUCGGUGCGGAGGAGAGCGGCGUGACUAUCGAUGAUGCGAUUCCCGUGAAGACGGUCACAAAGAGUCAAGAAUCUAAGUCGUCGGACCAAAGCAAACAGCCCCCUAAGACUCCUAAAGAUGUAAAGACAGAAGUAUGGAAGGUGCUGACCAGCAUCAAAUUCAACGCUCUGGAUCCUUACCCUCUAUCACCUCUCCAAAACUCGCCGAUGAAGAUCUUGACGACUCACCCCGUGGUGGCAGCGUCGGUGGGAGAUAACGAAAUGCCCGAGAUCAAGUCACGUCCACAUGUCAUCUCACCACUGAAACCGAGGGCUUCGUCGAAGCAUAGGAAGGGUGAGGAGGUGCAGAAAGAGACAGUUCAGGCGAAGGAGAAUUCGACGGUGACAAUGAAAAGACCGACAAAAUUUACUUCAAUUGUACGGCUGGAUCUUGUCUCGCCAAAUAAGGUAUCAGCCGAAUUCCACCGAGCUGUUGUUUCUCCAGAAUCUUCGCCUUCUUCGAAUACUGCAAAUCGAUACAUUGUACCGAGGACACCAGCGGAGGCUCUACCCAAGCAGCCAACGAUAAUCGGUAUGUCAACGAAGGAGGAAGAUCGGCACGCAAACACACCAACUGCUUCCAGUGUCACCAUUCCUCGACCAAAAGAUCUCACACUCCCAACGAAAUCCUCCCAUGAGCCGCAACACCGAAGACACCAUGAGAUGCGUUUAGGUGAAGCUCUGACGCCUCAGUCUUCGACGCUGCCAUCGCCUGCCAACAAACCGGCCUAUAUCACUUCAUCGUCAGCAAAGCGUCAUCUAAAUGACGGUCAAGAUGGUGGCAAUGCCUACUGUAAGCGUUACGUCUAUCCCGACGGCGUGGUCUUCCAUACCACUGGGUCCUACAACACUACCUCACCUACCAGCGUCUCUUCCCCGCAUCGACAGGAAUCCCGAAAAUCGCGAGCCGUGGUCGUCCCCACCUCUCCCAUGAGCAACAGCUCGAAGUCUCGGCCCACUACCUCAGGACAGCCUUAUCAUCCACACCACCAUCACCAUCACAGCAACGGCGUCAGCAUUGGGGUUGGCAGCAAUACCGGUGGCCUCAACGGGAUAGAGCUUUGCGAUGCGCCCACACCUCCUCGCCGUCGUGCCGCGAAUGCUCGUGGGCACCCGACACGGUCGAGAUCGGUAUUAGAGAUGCAGCCAGCGUCACCGCAGCAGUCGCCUCUUUCUCCCAGUACAGUAAAUGGGAUGAGCAUUGAGAAGGUGCUACGACAUUCCUCGCACCCGGCGUCUGGACAGUCAUCCAGUGGACUCAUGCAUCGGACAAAUGGAUUCGUUUCACCGGGUGCAAAGGUCAGCGUCAAGAGUUUCGCUCGCAAAGACAAGAAAGGUGAAGAAAACGGUUAUGUGCAUACGCGCGCUGGUUCGCGAACACGUUUCAACACCAGUUUAGAGGUACUUGAAGCCGACGACUACGAUCGACGGUCGGAGAAGACGUGGGCCAAACUCACUCCCUCCGAAAAGGCAAGCGCUUCGAUUCGGGAAGAGUUGAAUCUGUACAAGUCAAACGAAAUGAAAGUUCAUGAGGACAGUCGUCAGUACACAAGAUCCCCCGCCCCCGCCCCCGCCGCCACCCCAGACUUUUUCAGCGGAAUUUUGGAGAACCAUGGGAAAUCUGCUCAACCUUCGGAUAGAUUCCUCCGGAUGGUUCGUCCGACAGAGGUUGAGGAAGAAGAUUCAGGGACGAAUAGAUUGAAGGAUCCGGCAGAGGGACACUUCAGGGCCAUUCCGGCAUCAUGCGUCUCUGCAGUUCCCUCAACCCAUCAGCGUCUCCUGACUGGAGAUGAUGGUGGAGAAACCGCCAUCAUUGUACAGCGUGAAGACUUUCCGAGAAGUCGGAAGGCUGAUGUGGAUGCCCACCCGGGAUCCGCUGGGGAUCCAACAUUGGUGACUACCUCGCCGACAUGGCUGGUCGCAAGUUUUCAUGCUUGUUUUGAAAAGAAGAAUUCUCAGCAGGCUUGCAUCUUACUGGUACAGAAUGGCGGACUGUAG